UAUAUUUACAUUUUCCGCUCCCCUCCUCUCCGCUCCUCAAUCCUCAUUGCCCUCUCCUCGCCCACACCCGUGCCUUCGAGAAGCUCCGAAUCGCGAUCGCCUCGGUCCCCGCGAGCUCCGAUGGUGGGCGCGCCAGCCAGCUGCUAGGGUUCCCUGUUCCCACCUUUCGCCUGCUGAUUGGAACCGCAGGGUUUCAUCGAGCCUGUUGCCGCGGUGGCAGCGGAGAUGAACGGGGAGGUGGAAUGCAGCGUGUGCCACGCGAAGGUGCCGGUGCCGCCGGCGGUGUCGAAGGCGUACGAUAGCCACCGGACCACCGUGUCGUCGCGGCAGCGCGCGCUGAACGUGCUCCUCGUCUCCGGAGACUGCGUGCUCGCCGGCCUCCAGCCUAUAUUAGUGUAUAUGUGUAAAGUGGAUGGGAAAUUCAAAUUUAGCCCGAUCAGCGUGAACUUCUUGACAGAGAUUACCAAGAUUAUAUUUGCUAUCGUCAUGCUAUUCUUCCAGGCUAGGCGUCUAAAUGUGGGAGAGAAGCCACUUCUCACAGUGUCAACAUUUGUGCAGGCUGCUCGCAACAAUGUUCUUCUUGCAGUCCCUGCUCUUCUAUAUGCUAUCAACAACUAUUUGAAGUUUAUAAUGCAGUUAUAUUUUAAUCCUGCAAGUGUGAAAAUGCUGGGUAAUCUCAAGGUUCUGGUAAUUGCUGUGCUUCUAAAGAUCAUCAUGAGGCGGCGCUUUUCCACAAUCCAGUGGGAGGCCCUUGCUCUUUUGUUAAUCGGAAUAUCGGUUAAUCAGCUAAAAUCAUUGCCAGAAGGUUCUAGUGCUUUGGGUCUUCCUGUUGCAGCUGGAGCCUACCUAUAUACACUAUUUUUUAUAACAGUUCCUGCAUUGGCUUCAGUUUACAAUGAAAAGGCUCUAAAAAGCCAAUUUGAUACUAGUAUAUAUCUUCAGAACUUAUUUCUGUAUGGAUAUGGUGCAAUAUUCAAUUUCCUUGGCCUUAUGAUCACUGCCAUCAUCAAAGGACCCAGUAGCUUUAACAUUUUGGAAGGACAUUCAAGGGCCACAAUGUUUCUUAUCUGCAACAAUGCUGCACAGGGCAUACUAUCGUCAUUUUUCUUCAAAUAUGCAGAUACAAUUUUGAAGAAGUACUCGUCAACAAUUGCCACUAUCUUUACUGGAGUAGCCUCUGCUGUAUUGUUUGGUCAUACUCUGACUAUAAACUUUAUUCUUGGAAUAUCAAUUGUAAUUAUAUCUAUGCAUCAGUAUCUUUCUAACCAAAUUAAGGAUGAACUGCCAACCAGCAAAAUUGAGAUGGCUGAUGCUCAUGAUCACAGAUUGAAGGAACCCGUGUAUGUCAUUACGACUGAUUCAAUGGCAAGUGAGGCUAAACACCGCCAUGGAUCUGACGAAAGGCAGCCUCUUCUUCCUGUGUGAUUUUACAGCAGAGGAUUGCCAGCUGAGGCGCUCGAUUUCCUCAACAUGAGUAGCACAUAUAUCACCGACAGGGCAUCCGAAAGUCAGGGUGGAAAAGAGAAUAUCUCGGAAGCCACACUGCUGUCAUGAUGUUGGCGGACUAGCGGAGUAAGGAUAUGCAUAUUCGGCGGCGCAAUGGUGAGCUUCCAGAGACACAGUAGUGGAAGAGGCACUACCUUUAGCUUAGUGGUGGUAAAACUGAUGUGAUAAGAUUAGCGAGGAAUAAAGUCUACUCAGUCUCCUUUUCCAACA